GACAAGGUUCAGGUUGUGUAGAGUUGAGCGCGACCUUUUUGAGAAAAGCCUACUUCAAAUUUGCUGCAGUUAGACACAGGAACAUGCAGAUUCUGCGUCACUAGUCGCUAAAAGUGAAGCCUCGCCUUUUAUUCCCAAGAUCAAGAUGUCCAAGUCUAAAACUAGUUCGCCGUCGGAUCCGGAUUAUCCACGGCCCUUGCUUGCUGAUCGCCGUACACAAGUUCCACAGCUGGGUGUCUUGAAGCCGAGCCCCGAGUUCCAGAAUCAGCUUGAGAAAGCCUUGCGAAGGUUUUCCAAACCAGAAUUUGCUCAACGCGUCGACCAAGCAGUCUCGUCCUUCCAGCAUGGCGCCGCAGGAGCUACGCGAAGCCAGUAUUUUCCGUCUACCUCGUCGAGAAGUGUGAUGGUAGACCAUCCAGCAUCUCAGCGCAAACAACACUAUGGAGGUGCAGGUGCCUACGUAGAGCAGCACGGAAAUAGAUCAACGAAGUCCUUCUACCCCGCGGGAUAUCCUCCAGCCUCACACAUGCAGCAAGGUGGACCGAGCUCCACCAGGGUGGCAACGCUUGUGAGAGGUAGACUCGAGUAGACCUUUGUCAGUUCUUGUCGUUUAAGCAAAACAAAUCGAAAAUCUGUAUACAUGUUCCCAAAAUCAAAAUGGAAACGCCAUGCAUACUGUUCUUGAGCUACUAGCGCAUUCUACUCGUCCUCGUGUUGAUUUACUCGUGACUACAAGCGACCGCAAAAGACUGCGCCGACUCUUGCGCCACACAUCAAAAUCAGAUCUCCGAGGCCAUCACGCCGCUGCUGCUUCAUCGAGCAAUCUGAGCACGACCUCUAUCGUUCCCGGAGGAGCUGGCACGAGCGGUAUUGGCUCUAUGGAUCAUAUUGCGCAGCAGCACAGCGUUGGAGCUGCGAUCGACCUUUCCAAUCUGGACCUCUCUCUAUUGCGCUCGCCGGGCGGCACCGGAGUCGUCGCACGUGGUCAGCAGCAGGACGAGCACCUGCAGCUCAUGCUGGGCCAAGAAGAGCAAAACGGGUUGCUUGUUGCCUCGCGCACCGUGCAGCAGCCCCGUGGCCUGAAGCGCGUGCCGAGCACAGGCUCGGUGAACUCGCGGACCUCGAGCUCUUACGCCGGAGUUGGAAGGAGAACGAGAAAAGAAGAACAGAGCUAUGGUGUCCCGUCCGGUCAUGAUCCUCGAUCGUCCCGGAAAACGUCAGAUCUUUUCGAUUAUCACCCAGAGGCCCCGUUCCACGACACAGAUGUCGUCCAUCCGGAGCAAUAUUUUCCCAACCAGUUCGCCGUGGCGGGGGCUAGGACUAGUGUAGCUGGAAGACCGCAAAAUCGCAGCACACGGGCAGGAGGCGCCAAUAACCCGCACGCAGGGUACCUGCGGAGUACCUACAACGCGAGCAGCAAGUCGGCCGUGAAAACCCCGAACAGUUCCAGGUCGACGUCGAAUUGGAGCACGAAUUUGAGCUCAUUCCACCAGCACCGCGUGCCGCUGAACAAAGCCGGGAAGAAUCGAAGAAGGAUGAGUGCUGGAACAGCGAAGAGAAGCAACGCCCUGCUCAGCGCAAGCGGUCUUUCCCACGGAGGAGCAGAAGUCGAGAACAAGAGUAAGCGUAAACAAAGAGGUCGAGAAGGCAACUACGACAUCAAGCAGGAGCUAGAACAUCAGGCCGUGGACGACGGCUCCGAACCUCCCGGGUCUCCGUCUGUCAUCAUCCCGGCGGGUGAGCAUGAGGAUUUGUUGAAUCUGUUGCCCGAUGACGAGGAGGAUAGCGACGACGAGGACUUGCUCGCGCUCGACGUGUUCGACGACCAUUACUCGAGUAGAGCAGGGGCUGGGGCAGGGUCGUCGGAUCAUUUUCUCAGCCUCGACGAAGCUGCGCUCAGCGCAGCAGCCAAUAUAUCAGGUGCGCACAACAAGUCUCGACUGUCUGCCUACAGUCGCAGCUACAGCGGACACGACCUGCUCAACUUGGAUUUUGGGAGUGAGCAUCUUCUCCCGUUUUCGAACGCGAGCGAAGCGAGCACGAGUCGGAGCAGGAUCUCACCGCGGAAAAAGUUGCGGAUGCUCGAGAUCAAUAAUCGCAAGCUGGACGAGCUGAAUCUGGAGUACCAACGAAAAAUCUUGCAACUGGAGAAAGAAAAGCUGGUGUUGAGCAGAAGAGAGUCAACGUGUACCGCCAGUAUUUUGGGCGGGGAGGAAGAUGCUUGCACGAAGAAGCCUUGCGAAACAGACGACGUGGGAGAUACACUUGUGCCGGGAAUAGGAAAUGAGGAAAAAAAUCAAGAUGUCGGCUCAACAUCUGCCGUUUCUGCAGUAAUUCCGGGUCAAUCGAACGCAGUUCCAACUACAUCCUCGAUGAAAACUGUUGCUCGUGCUUCUUCUUCAUCAGCCGCUCAAUUUCUGGAUUUGCCGCACGUGGAUCUCCCGACCCCUGCAAUCGACUUUCACGUGGCGCCCUUGCACCUGCCUGAAGUCGUGAAGGACCAGUCCUCGUCUAGCACACGAGCAACAGGCGCACCUGCCUCAUCCAGUUCAUCAAGUUCCACCACAAUUAGCACCGCUCCUGCAACUCGGGUAACGGACAAGCUGUUUGCCGAAUUCGAGCAGUUCAUGAGCAGCAAAGCGCAAAGCGGAGCAGAGCCUGCAGCUGAGUCGAAGGGAGAAGCUGCUGCUGCUGCUGCUGCUGCUCCGGACGAGCCGAAGGAUCGGAGCAAAGCUCAAGGAGCGCCCGGCGCAGCUGGUGCAGGGGAACCACCAGCACCUCCGGACGAGGUAAAUACAACCAUACUACUUCCAGAGUCCCAUACAACGGCAGAUGCUGGCGCUGCGAACACUACUGCUGCUGCUACUCCACAUCCUGGGACUGAUGUUGCACUUCCGGCAAGAACUUCGCCGGCCACGACGGUCGCGAUGCCUGCAGACCAGGAGUCCACAACAACUUCUGUCCCGAAGAAAGAAGAAGCAACGGCGACUGGUGCUCCACCGGCCCCCGCUGGGCAAUCUCAACAGAAGAGCAGUACGAACCAAGAACUUCUGGCCCGCCGCUUGCAAUUCGUCGAGUCCGAACUGGACAAGAAGAGCGACGAGUGCCUCCAACAGACCACAAAGCUGCAGCACAUUGAGCUCGCGAUGCGCCAGGAAACCGAGCAUUUUGAAAAGCGGGUGGCGAAAUUUGACCUGCAGGUCAAGCAGGUCCAGAGCCACUACGAGCUUCAGCUGGAGGAAGCGCGAACCCAGAUUCUGGAGAAGGAGUCGCAACUCGCGUUGCUUGCGUCGAAGAAGGACGAGGAAAUUUCGCAGGCGAAGCACGAGAAGGAAAUUGCGAUCGCGGAUUUGAACAGAGACUGGCGGAUGAAAUUCGAGCUGCAAGAAACGAAGCUGGAGGCGAUAAAGCGGGAGCACGAGGAAAAGAAGCGACAGUCGGACGCCCGCGUGGCGGAGUUGGCGGCGAAGAUGGAAGAGGUACGAACCGAUGCGACCGCACGGGACAAGAAAAUUCGGCUAAAGGAAUUGCAUUUGGUGCAGCGGGAGGCGAAUCUAGCGUUGCAGGAAAGAAGGAAAGCAACUUUGACUGAGAAUGGUGCAGCUGGUCGAGUUGCAGCUACCUGUACCGCAACUACUGUGUCAGCAGGAGUUGCUCCCUACGCUUACCAGCACGCAGGCUUUUACAAUAAUAGCAUAGACGCAAAGAGCAGAAGUGGAAGUGCUACUCCUGGUGCAGCGGGGGUUUCUCCGCUUUGGCAAAAAGUCAGCUGAAAAUUAUGAAGAAAGCCAAUUAAUUUUCAUCAUCCUGAGAUGAACGGAAACAAAGCUUCAACUCUGCUUUCGCGCGCAGGCUUGUUAAAUCUUUGGAACCGGCGGCGAUGAACAGAUCCUCGUUUUAUAUAUCUUUGAUCUUUUGAGUUCA